AUGACAAACGGCAAACGAAAGUAUGUGGGGCACCUAAAGGACUACUGCGUCAACAGCACCUUGGCCGGGUUCAGUUAUAUAGCAAACAGCAAUCUUCAUAUUAUAGAGCGAGUAUUCUGGUUGAUAUGUGUUUUGUUAUCAGCUAUGGGGUCGUAUGUACUGAUCAGCCAGUUUGAAAGUGAAUUCAAUAGCCGCGCCGUUAGCAUUGUGCUGGAAAGUUUACCUUGGACGCGUAGUUUUCAAUUUCCAACAAUUGCUGUUUGUGAAUUGCAGAAUAAGAAGACCCUGCCAGAAGGGGUAGAAGACUAUGUGGAGUCGUUAGUACCAGAUGGAGCAAAGUAUAACGAUGGCGUGGAAGACUUUAUGUCUAGCCUUGUAUUUGCACAUGCGUAUAUAGAAGGUAAAAUAAAUUCUUGGUGUACAAAAGAAUGCCAGAAUAGCGACAACUGUGCAAAAUGUCCUGAAACGGGCUGGCGCAUGUUGCAUGAAAGGUUCAGAACCAAUUGCAGUGACUUUUUCGUAUCAUGUGAGUUAUCCCUCAAACCGUUCGAAUGCUGUGCCUACUUCUUGCCACUAAUCACGCCACACGGAAACUGCUUUAUGUUAAAUUCACUCCUUAACAAUAAAAGAGGAAGUCCUACGUGGUUCAAUAACAAAGUUGAUCCCAUGACGGGUGUCGCCAAAUUAAAAGUGGUUACAAAGAAGGAAAUACAGUUGUCGGUUCUCAAUGAAGAAGAUCUCCCCCAAAACGAAUUGGCUAGCUUCAAAGUUAGUGCCAGGCUAGGUCAGGAAAGAAUAUUUCAAAUUUUUAUGCAUACUACAGGCAAUGAUGCCGGCGUAAGAGAAAUACCGCCCGAGUACAGGAAUUGUCGUUUUCCCGAUGAACUUAUUGCAAACUCUGCGUACAGAGCGUACAGCAUCAGCACCUGCUUCUUCGAUUGUCUUCGAUUUUACCAAAUGAAAAUAUGCAAUUGCUCUUCAUUCUAUUUGAUGCCGGAGCCCAUGGCCAAGGUUCCCGAUUGUGACCUGGAAGGAUUUCGAUGCCUAAAUGAAUACCAUUCUAUCCGCCCGGCCACCCAAAGUUUGCUCCCCUGGUCUAACAGCAGCUACUCAUGUCACUGCAUGCCAUCAUGUAAUGAAAUCGACUUCAAAAGGGUGUACGAAAACGAAGUUCAGUUGCGUACAUCAGCUUCCUAUGCAACAAUAACGGUCAACAUACCAGAAUUGUCGACGGAACGCUUUCGACGCCAAGCGAUGAGAACACGCUUGGACAUUGUGGUUACAAUCGGUGGCAUUUUGGGGUUAUUUCUGGGUGCCAGCAUUCUGAGCGGCAUUGAGCUUGUUUAUUACUUCACCUUACGUUGGUGGAAUAACUAAAGCUUGCCGGAACUUCAAAUGGGUUAAC